AUGGAUGGCUUCCUCCGAGCCCUGUUUCUCAGCAAGGGCUUCCAAGAAGAGCAGCUUGACACGAUCGAGGCGAAGGACAAAGACCUCCGGAGCGUCAACGACCUCGCAGCCGGGGCGACUUCUGAGGACGACGCGAGAGCCUGGUCGGAAGAGCUGGGCCUCUCUGGCCGUGUCCAGAAGUCGCGGUUCGUGCAGGCAUGGGCCGAAGCCCGGACACAAGCCAACAUUGGUCGGCCAGCACAGAGCUCGGCGCCUGCGGCCAACGGCUACGUGGACGUGGCCCCAGCGUCAAAGAACGCGACGCCCGCAGAGCCUCCGCCGGCACCUGUGGAUCCUCCCAGAGCCGUCGAGCGCUACGUCGAGGAGGAGGAUACCCAGGAGGAUUGGUCCUGGGUCAAAGUCUCGAGACCCGUCGAGACGCGUGUCGCCCUGAGCUACAUCGAUGGUGAGCCCGUCUCUCGGCCCGGUGGAGUCAGUGAUCUCCUUCGGAGCUCCUUCCGGACGCACGGCCUCACGAGCAUCGAGGUAGCACAGCUGGAGCAGAUGCUGGAAGCUCGCAGCCGCACUGCUCUUGCAGUUGCCGCCGCCACACCGGAGGGCGCCAUGAGGUUGGCCAGAAGCUGCGGGGUCCACAGCAAAGUCUCCCAGGAGAACUUCGCCAAAGCUUGGCAUGAGGCAGCAGCAGCGAUGGUUGCGCUUGCGCCAGGACCGGCACCGACAGAGAAGCGAUCCCUGUCGGAGCUUACGAAGGAGAAAGACUUUGAGGCAUGCACGAAAGCCUUGAUGCAGAAAGCCAACGUGGCAAGACCCAAGGACUUACUACCGCUGCUGAGAGGCAUGUUGGAGCACCUCGCAGUGCAGGAACAGCUCGUUUCCUCGGAAACAAAGCAAGCGAAGUCCAAGUCCAAGGUCCUUCCAGCUCUGGCUUCGCUCUACGGAGCAGAGGCACUUGAAUGCUGGCUUUUUUGCAUUGCAGCAAUUUAUGAACGAGCUGGGGGCCUGCAAUUCCUCGUUGUCCCCAGUGUGUCACUGAGCAUGGAUGAGCAAUCUCAGUACACCAUGAUGGCCAUGGGCCUCCUGCAACAGCAGCUGCUACAGAAUGCUUUUUCAGCCAUCUCGCAACCAAAUGCCUUUCAUGAGCAGUUGGCUACACUUGGAUCGUGGUAUACAAAUGCACCACAUGGGUCUAUGAUGCCACCUUCCUCGAUCGCACCAUGCGGUACCAUCCCUGACUCUGGAUAUACUUUGGCAUCAGGAGGCCCGCAUCUCAGCGCGCCGCCCCCGCCGCCACCCGACACCUUUGUCAAAAAGGACGGUGAGCAUGACACCUUUGUCAAAAAGGACGGUGAGCAUGAUAACACCCCAUCCAGGAUUGAAUGCAGAUUUGGUCGUCGCUGCACUCGGAAAGAUUGCUGGUUCUUGCAUCCUAGAGGCAGGCUCAUGGACAGUUCCCCCCAGCAGUCACGCAGUCGAGAGCGCUCUCGCUCACCGAAAUGCAGCCGUGAUUCCAACAUGCGCAGCCUCUCCAAUCCUAGGCCUCCUACUCGCAGGUGUUUGGAUGGGAGCCUGAAUGCGGCUUGGGCAUCGGAUGACUCCCCGCUACCAGGACCUGAGGAUGAGGUAUCGAAGCCUUCCGCUGACACGGCGCAGAAGCCUCAUGAUCUUCUUCGCGACACACCUGUUCCAUGGCCAAGAGUUAUUUCAUCCUCUGGCAGGUUGAAGGAUGUGAAAACUGAUGGUCAUGGUUGGGCCCUGCACUUCUUGAACCCUAAUUUCCCGCGCAUGGCGGUUACACUGGAUGAUUUGCAGGCCGUUAUCCUCUUCAUGAAAAAGCAAGGUCUUGUAACAUGCGAGAAGCCCCAGCUUGCGUCGCCAGGGGUCCUCCAGGUCAAGUUCGGCAAAGGUGCUGGCAAUCUGCAGGUUUAUCCAGGCUCCACUGGACGCAGUAGCGGCAAUGCUCGAAUCAACUCCUCCAAACAGGAGCAAGUGAGGUCCAUCAGAUCCGCCUUGCUACGUUCGCAGUGGUUUCAUGAUGCUGGGGCCGGGCGUGUGUCACCAUUGGAUGUUUCAUUACAGGUCACCCAAACUCUCGACGGCAAGUUGUUGUUGCCAGCGAUCACGCCUUCCUCCCGCAUUGUGGACCUCAAGACUGUCCUGAAAAUGGUUGCCAAGAAGCUUGGUGAGCUGGGCAAAGCCGCUAUCAAGGACUAUUUGCAGGAAUGUGGAUUGCAUGAUGGCCACGAAGUUUGGCCACACUUGGAGGCAGCUUUUGUUUCCAACAAGGGGCGUGGCAAACGCAAGGCUCAGUGA